AUGGACUAUUUUCCGGUGUGGAAGCAGCGGCCACUGGCUAUUUCUAGACUGCGCAAUCACAUAACAGAGUAUCCGAAGAUCAUUGAACGCGUCAAAGCAGGCGAUAUCCUCCUUGAUGCUGGUUGCGCGUUCGUUUAUGCCCUACGACAGUUGGCCGUUGACGGCGCCCCUGCUGCGAACUUGAUUUGCACCAAGGAUUUCUCGAUCUGGGAUAUGAACUCUUUCGAGUCAAUGGAAAGGUUUGAAGCGUGCUUUAUCGCGGGUGACUUGUCGAACCCUGACACUGUACUUUCCGGGAUAGCUGGCAAGGUCGAUAUCGUCCAUGCCGCGGCUAUAUUCCACCUUUGUGUAUGGGAUGAUCAGGUUAAGGUCGGAGUACAAUUUUCUGUACUUUUCAGGCCGGAUGCAAAUGCUACCGUCGUUGACAGACAGAUUGCGGACCUUGAGCCUUUGGAUCCAGUCGAUCAGGCGAUUCAGGACCUUUGUUGGUAUCGGCAUAACAUGAGGACGUGGCAGCAGUUAAAAUGA